AUGGUGGAUAAGCAUCAAGAGGGUCAAGCAAGUUCCAGUUUAGAAGAUAUUGCUGGAGCAGAAGUCUCACUAGGGGCUGCCAAAAGAGAAUUUGGUGGAGCUCUUAAGUCAAUGGUUAGGAAUAAUAAUGUAGAUAUUAUUGUUCUCCUUGAACCUAGAACCCAAAGUGGAGUUUGUAAUAAGCUCUUAAAAAUACUGGGAUUUGAUAGUUCAGCUAUGGAAGAGGCUGUUGGUUUCGCUGGUGGGAUUUGGGUUAUGUGGCAUAGCAAAAAGGUUGAAGUAGUUGUGUUAUCAAAAACUUCCCAAUUGAUUCACUGUAAUGUGAAAAUUCCUUCGCGAGGAGAUUUUAAUGAAAUUGCAUUUACACAUGAAAAAAAGAGAGGAGUAAGGGCUGAUCCAUCAAAGUGUGCUAAAUUUGCAUCAGUUCUUGAAGACUGUAAAGUGGUUGAUAUGGGUUGUGAUGAUUCUCUAUUUACUUGGAAGGGUCCUAAAUGGGCUAAUUUAGAUAAAAAAUUUAAAAGGCUUGAUAGGGUGGUUUCAAAUCUGGGUUGGAGAGUUAUAUUUGAGGAAGCCAGAGUCUCCACUCUUCCUCGUUUAUUAUCUGAUCAUAAUCCACUUCUUAUCAAACUUUUUGAAGAUGCCAGAGAUAGUAGCUCUAGGCUGCUAAUACCGGAUAUCAAAGUGUGGAAUAAAAAAGUUUUUGGCAACAUUGAUAGAAGGAAAAAUAGUCUUAUUAGUAGAAUUGCUAAAAUUCAAGGUGACCGUGAGCUGAAUGAUUCAGAUAGCUUGAAGAGAAUUGAGGAAAAUUGUCAAAGCUUACUGAUAAAUGUCCUUAGAGAGGAGGAGCUUUUUUGGUAUCAGAAGUCUCGACAAAAGUGGAUAGUGGAUGGGGAUAGAAACACAAGAUUCUAUCACCUAAGAACAGUUGUAAGGAGGAGCUCAAAUAAAAUUUUUAGACUCAGAAAUGAUGGUGGUGGCUGGGUUUCAGAGACAAAUGAGCUUAAGAAUUUAGCCUGUAAUUUUUUUAAAGCUCUCUUCACUGAAGAUGUUAAGUAUAAAAGAUGGAUUACUUCUGACAAUUUGUGGCCAGCUCUCUCGAGUGGUGAUAUGGACUGUCUUAAUAAGUAUCCAAUUGAAAUGGAGAUAAAACACAUUGUUUUCAAUAUGGACAGUUUCAAAGCUCCAGGGAUUGAUGGUUUCCCUGCCAUUUUCUACAAGAAAAAUUGA